AAAGCGAAUCCGGAUUUGAAUGCUCGACGUGUCAUUCAGUGAUUCAUAAAUUUACCUCAGAAUUCACAGACGUUUUGGGAGGCUUUUCUACGGUCAAAGAUGAAGGCUCUGAUCCUGGUCGGUGGAUAUGGGACCCGGUUACGGCCUCUCACACUGAGCGUCCCUAAACCUCUGGUGGACUUCUGUAACAAACCCAUCCUCAUGCACCAAGUCGAGGCCCUGGUCAAGGCCGGAGUCGACCAUGUUAUUCUGGCAGUGAGCUACAUGUCUGAACUGCUGGAGAGAGAAAUGAGGAUCCAAGAGGACAGGCUUGGAAUCAAGAUCUCCCUGUCUCAUGAGAAGGAGCCUCUAGGAACAGCGGGUCCAUUGGCUUUGGCCCGGGAUUUGUUAAACGUUGACAGUGAACCGUUUUUUGUGCUGAACUCGGAUGUGAUCUGUGACUUUCCCUUCACCGACCUGCUGCAGUUUCACAAGAACCAUGGACGAGAGGGCACCAUCGUGGUGACCCGUGUAGAGGAGCCAUCCAAAUAUGGUGUGGUGGUUUAUGACUGUGACAGCGGGAGCAUUCAUAGAUUUGUGGAGAAGCCUCAGGUUUUUGUGUCCAACAAAAUCAACGCUGGAAUGUACAUCUUCAACCCCAGCAUGCUCAGCCGCAUACAGCUCAGACCAACGUCGAUAGAGAAGGAGAUCUUCCCGGUGAUGGCAGAGGAGGGUCACCUGUUUGCCAUGGAACUGCAAGGGUUCUGGAUGGACAUUGGUCAGCCCAAAGACUUUCUGACAGGGAUGUGCAUGUACCUGCAGUCACUAAGGCAGCACUCACCUGAACGCCUGCACACGGGACCUGGUUUCCAUGGCAACGUCCUAGUGGACCCAUCUGCGGUCAUUGGGCAGAAUUGCAGCAUUGGUCCAAACGUGUCUAUUGGACCGGGGGUGGUGGUGGAGGAUGGCGUGCGGAUCAAGCGCUGCACACUGUUGAAGGGGGCCCGGGUCCGCUCUCACUCCUGGUUAGAGAGCUGCAUCGUGGGCUGGAGCUGCUCCGUUGGACAGUGGGUGCGAAUGGAGAACGUGACAGUUUUGGGAGAAGACGUCAUAGUGAACGAUGAGCUUUAUUUAAACGGUGCCAACGUCCUCCCUCACAAAUCCAUCAGCGAGUCUGUCCCAGAGCCACGCAUCAUCAUGUAGUGCUAGAACUUUGAACUGUUAUCCUUUAAAUUCCGCCUAAACCAAACCAGUGCCACAGCAACCUAGGGUGCAGAGAGGAGGAAGAAAGGCCCUCCUCUGCCACCAAUUGUGUCUUAUUUUUAUGGGAUAAACGGUUUGGUCGGUUCACGUCUGACUGAGUUGAAGGAAGCCUGGACUCUGGGCGUUAUAAUGAAGAAGAUAAGGGAUAAGGGUUAAUGCUAUGUCCACAUUAAUAUAAAUUUAACAAAAAGUUUUCACUUCAUAUGAGACUCGUACUGAAUGUUUCUAGCUUUAGUUGUUUUUUAUGUCUCCUAGUAAAAUAACUAAAAGGCCCUGUACCUGGUGAUGAACCAUAGUCGAAGAACGUGGCUUAAAGUGUGUACUUAAUGUGACAGGCCUUGAUGUUUUUCUAAUUCUGACUUGGUUCAGUGGGAUAGUACAUGUGGUAAAUAUUUAAUUGAUGUAAAACUAUGAUAAGCUGGGGGAAAAUGUUGAGAAGAAAAGCACAAAAAAUGGGUAGUAGCGGUGAGUUUCAAAACAGAAUCCCUUUACCUAUGUCAUCAACACAGAAAACUUCAUCCAAAAUGCAGUUUAAACAUUUGGUCAUUUAUUUUGUAUUGGUCUAAUCAUAACUGUUGGGCAAUUUUGAAAUGUUUUGGCCUUUAUUUACAUUAUGGUUGCUACGUAACAGUUGUGGAAUUACUUCUAUGUAGGUCGUAUCUGCUGCCCUUGUCCAACCAGGAAAUAAAAUUAUAAAAUUUAACAAGGCUUUUGGUAAAAUCUUAAAUAUAAUGCAGUUAACUAUGUUUUAAGGAAAUUGGUAGUCUGUGUCACAUGCACUUUGACCGUUUGAACUGUUAGCCCCACCCACAAACUCUCGAAUCACAUGUACCAAGAACCCUUAAAGAAGGAUAACUUUCAAAGAUGUUUUUUCCAUAUAUUUUUUCAUAAAUAGCAGUAAAUUAUGCACUACAAGGAACUUGAAGAUAAAAUAACGGGUACAGGGCAUUUAAUGGUAAAGUCCACACAGUAGUGAUAAAAUCCCCUUAUUUCUUUUGUGUUUUAACUUUUCUAUAAUGUUUACAUACCUGCAGUAGUAUGUUAUUUCAUACACACAUAUUUAAGUAUGUAGUGAGCCAGACAGUACAAUGCAUUAUGUUUUGGAGAUUAACCUGAAUCACUGUUAGGAUAUUUUACUGUUAAAUGUCCAGCACUGACCACAAGGAGUCAAUAGAAACAAAUAUUUAUGUCGAUGAGCGUCAGUGUAUGACCACUGUGUAUGACUGAACACUAUCCAUGCGUACUGCAGCUUGUUUUGUUUUUUUAGGGUUUUUUUUAAUCUCAUAAAUAUGCAUCUUUGGAUGACUUUAUUAGUAUGGACAUUGUGGCAAAACUGUUUACAGGAAUGGACAAUGACAUUUUAUUAUUAAAGAUGCACUGUGUAACUUUUCUUCUGGGUAGUCUGCCACCUGCUUGUUUCCAUGGAGAUAUUAAUGCUUCUUCCUGCAACGCUUCAGUGUAGAAUUAAACAUUAUGUUAUUACAGAUGUUUUUACUGCUAAGAAAUAUCUUGCAAAACAUUCUCACAGUAAUUAGACUUGCCUCUCCACAGAUCUGACCGGAAACUUAACCUGAUGACGUCAUCUGCUUGGCAAUAAAGAAGUUUAAUGCCACACUGUAAAAUCUCCAUAAAGAUAAGCAAGUGGUUGACCCAUCAAAAAAGAAAAGUUACGUUCAUCUUUAACUUAAAAUGGAAUAGGUUGUGUUCUUGACAAUCUAGGACUUCCAUCAACUGUUCUGGGAAGAAAUUGCCUCACACAAAGAUCUACUUAACAUUUUCUGUCAAAUUGGAUCCACAAACUUAUAUUAAGGUAUCACCUGUUUUUGAAAAUGCCACAGCUUUUAAUACUAUGAGAAAUAAACAUGUCAUCUUAGUUCAUUUCUACUGAUAGAGUAAACAGAGAAGAGCUGGAUGUCUUUAGAGAGUUAUGAAGCCGCCUGAACACAGCUUAAUAAAAUCAGUGAGUAUAGGGACUUUUGUCUGUUUGUGUGAACAGUUUAUGGGGUUGUUUUGUGAAGUUUUUUUAUGCAUCAUAACACGAGCUGCCGAACAUCACCAAUAGGACUUUGGUGAAACAGACUGUAGCCUUAGAAUAGUUUAAAUGACAAAUGUAUUUCUCCUGCAUUUAUGAC